CCAAUGACCACAAUCAACUGACUUCUACAUGGAGAGAAUAGAUAGAAAACGUGUAUCACUGAGUGGAGUAUUGGAGAUAGAGAGACGGUCAAAAUGGUCUAUACCCCGGCACUGGUCCUCGGACACGGAAUACCGAUUGUGUCUGAAGAGGAUAACAUUGUCGAACUGAUGAGAAAGUUUCUCUGUCAAAUCACUUCGAGCGACAACAAAUAUGUGCGUCGAGGCAGCAUUGAAAGUUCCGAAUUCAUCAAGGAAAUAAACUCAAGUCUGGACUCUGAAACGGCUCCCGACUGUGAAGAGAGAAUACUCCAUCAGGACAUGACCAGGCAGAUAGUGCGUUGUCUCUCUGAAGCUAAAGAAUCCAGUCUGCGGUGCCGGAUACUACUGCUUCCCCGCACGCUGACCGCCAAUGUUGCCCUGGAUGUGGUGCGUUCCUCAGCGGGAGAGCCGUGCGGGCUCCGCGGGGCCUUCAUACAGGUCUAUUUGGAGACACAACUGGGCCAACAGCUGCAAAUGCUGGGCACUAUAACACCCGACCCGACUGUCACUCCUACUUUCGAGCUGUCCGUCGUGUUCAAGCUGGACAAAGACUGUUGGCCGCUUCUCAAGCACAUAUUUGUUACCGACAAGGUGUUGAAACUACGACCCCAGUACCGACUGGUCAAGAAGAAAUUGUAUUCCUCUGCGAGCCCCGUCAUACAUGAGUUCUGCUGAGACAAUUUCUUAUCAGGAAUCAACACGUGGCCUAUAAUUCUCGACAUUCCAGUUAGGAGAAAAAGCUGUUGCACCACUGUCUUUUUUCAGUGUACUAAAUAUAUGUUAGUGUACACUACUGUAUUGGAGAGUUGACAUUAAAUUAAUGUUUUGCACUGGAAUAUCACUGAAGAACAGUCAGUUCAAUUGUGAAAAGAGAUCAUUUUGUAUUGUUUGAAAAGGAAGGACUUGAUACCCUGAAAUUUGAGUUGACAUAGAAAAGAGCACAGAAUGCAUGUUACCUUGCUGGUAUUAGCAGGGGGUCAAGUAUGGUACAAUCUAACUCUGACAGGUUUUUAUUUUUUUGUGCACAUUUCUGUUCGACACAAUUGCUGGAUUGUCUUUUGUAAAACCAUGGAAAUCUCAUGCUGGAUGUGGAAGCAAGCUAGUGUUUGGUGCCCCUUACCCUGUCUGACUGUUGCAGUAUUUUUAAACUGAGAAAUUUGAAUGUUUUUGCACAGUAUUCUUUUCUGGGUUGCCAUACUUUCAAUCAAAACAGCUAUCAGAAUCACCAAUGAUUAGUCUAUACCCUAAGAACUGAAGGUCUCAACUUAGGUCUGUCAAAGUUACGGACACUUCCAUUGUUUGCAAUUCUCUUAAUUUUAAUAAACAGUUGAACAACAAAACAUACAAAUGGGGAAAAAAAUAAAACUACAUAAAGUUCAACACUCCGUACUACCUUUUUGUACUCCCACUAACAUACAGUAGACUCAUAAUUCCUUGCAGGAUAUUUUACAGUUGGCUACAUCCUAAAACACAAUGGUGCCCCAAGUCAGUCACUAGUACAGUGGCUGCUGGUUACUUGUGGCAACUGUCAAUCUAGUGUACUGGCUUCAAAUGCAAAUCAUAGACUUAAGUUAGUUAAACUGUACACAGGACUGCAGCCAUACCGCGACCCGAAAACUCUGAUUAAACUCA